CAACUGUUAAUAGGCAAUCUUGAUUAGUAUGGGAUUGCUAAAGUAGUAUAAUAUUGGUACGAGUAUUAUGAGCAGUAUUCAUUAAUAUAAUUAAGGUUUGUAUAAAAUUUGGAAGAUUAUGAAAAAAGUAUAUACAGUACCAACCCCAAGAGAAUAGAAACCAAAGGGAUAAUAGAAGAGUUAAAAUGAUGUGAUGUGAGUUAUUAUGAAUUAUGCGUAGAAAGUAAACGUAAUUUGCCUAUAUUCCUGAUUAACUCACUUAAAAAGAAUAAUCAUCUAAGAUGGCUCGACCAUAUUUAAUGUUCAAGCCUAAGUUAGUAGAGGAGAUAGAUGAGAACAACAUGAAAAAGAUGAAACUUUCAUUUCACAAUUCAAUAACUGACUUAUAAACUUUUGAGGAAUUAGCACAAGAAUCACAGCAGAGAGAAUCAACGCCGAAUUUAAAUUUUACUCCUUAAGAAAAGACUAAGACAUUUGUCAGGUAACUAUGAAUUUCUAUUGUCUUAGAAAGUCUAUGAGACACUUAACUCAGCUUUGAAAUAAAUAAAUUUCGUG